AUGAAAUGUCUGCUGCUGCUCACCUUGUCAGUACUACUCUGCUGCUGGGUUUCAGCUGACAUUCGCUGUCAUGCCUGCUACAAGGUCCCCGUGCUGGGCUGUGUAGAUCGUCAGUCCUGCCGCCUGGAGCCAGGACAACAAUGCCUCACAACGAAUGUGUACCUCGGGAAGAUGUGGGUUUUCUCUAACCUGCGCUGUGGCACACCAGAGGAGCCUUGUCGGGAGGCCUACAACCAAACCAACCACAAGCUGGGCCUAAACUACAACACCACCUGCUGUAACAAGGAUAACUGCAACAGCCCAGCUCCCCGGCCCACACCUGCACUGGCCCUGGUCUCCCUCACCUCCUUGGCUGGCCUUGGCCUCUGGCUGUUGCACUGAGAUUCACUCUGUAACUGUACCUCCUCCCACCUGCCAUAGACAGAGCCUCUCUCCUUAGGGCCCCUGGCUUUCCAGAAUGUUCUCCCCUCACCCCUGCAAAGAUCAUUUCCCCAGUCCUGUCCCAGUUCUUUCAUGAGAGAGUGCCCAGAGCGGUCUU